AUGGCCUUUCCCGUGCUCGCGGCCGGCGGCGUCGUCUUGGCCUUCGCCGUCUACAGAUAUGUCUCAGGACUGCAAAAGAAUAUCGCCAAAGCGCGGAAAACGGGCUUUGUCUAUCUCAUUGUCCCAUGGCAGCUUACCUUCACCAUAUGGGUUCCCAUCAUCAAAUUGCUCCCAAAGUCGCUGUGGGAGCAUUGGUUAUUUGUCAUGUUCCCCAACUGGGCCUACGAUACCAACCAGACACACUUUGACCGGCUGGGGUCUGAAACCUUCCUGGUUGUAUCGCCUGGCAACCUCUUGAUGUAUACCCAAAACGCCGAGAUGAUCCACCAGAUAACGCAACGCCGCGAGGCCUUCCCCAAGGACAUCGCCAAGUACGGCGUCCUCGACAUGUUCGGCAAGAGUGUCCUCACCACCGAGGGGCCCCUGUGGCGCCUGCACCGCAAGGUAACCAGCGCCAGUUUCAACGAGAAGAACGCCGCGCACACCUUUGCCGAGGCCAUCAACCAGACGAGGGGAAUGCUCGACAUGUGGCUCGGGCCGGACGGCGCGAAGACGGGCAAGUCCAAGACCAUCAACUCGCUGGAGCAGGACACCAUGACGUGGGCGCUCAACAUCAUCGGCUACGUGGGCUUCGGCCUGCGCCUGCUCUGGCCCGGCCAGACGCUGCCCAAGGAUAUUGACCCCACGCUGGCCAAGUACGGUAGCUUAGAUCCGCCUCCGGGACACACGUUGACCUUUGCCGACUCGGUGGCCCUCACCCUUGAGAGGAUUGUUGCCAUCAUGAUCUGGAACGAGCGGAUCCUCGGCAUCCUCCCCUUCAAGUUCGCCGACGAAGCCUACAAAGGCAAACGCAACUACCUCAAGUACAUGGACGAGUUUCUCCACGACAAAGUCGAAGAAACACGACGCGGUGGCGCCCCGCGCGAAGGCAUGGACAUCAUGGGCCAACUCGUACAAUCGCAAUACAGCCCCAAAACCGCCAAGAGCAGCAACAACAACACCUCCUCCACCGCCUUCUCCCUUUCUGACACAGACAUAAUCGGCAACGCCUUCAUCAUGAUCGUCGCCGGGCACGAAACGACCGCCAACACGCUCCACUUUUCCCUCGUCGAGCUCGCCACGAACCCGUCCACGCAACGGCGCCUCCAAUCCGAGAUCGACGCCCUCUUCGGCACCACCGACCCCUCGACCUGGGACUACGAGAAGAACAUCAACGCGCUCCUCGCCUCCCACGCCGGCGCCACCAUCAACGAAACCCUGCGCCUCAUGCCCCCGGUCGUCGGCAUCCCCAAAGUCGUGCCCCCGGGCGCCGACCAGACCGUCACCGUCGACGGCCGCACCCACGUCCUCCCCCCCGGCCUCGCCAUCUCCCUCAUGGCCGUGUGCGCACACCGCAACCCGCGCUGGUGGCCCACCCGCCCCAGCGAGCGCACCGGGUGCGCGCAUGAUAUGGAUGAUUUCCUGCCGGAGCGGUGGUACCGCAGCGCGGCGCCGGCGCAGGAGAAGGGUGCUGCGUCGAGCGUGGUUGAUGACAAGGGUGACUACGGCGGGUUCCAGGGCAGCGAUGUCGCCGCGUCGCUGUACCGGCCCGUGCGCGGCAGCUACCUGCCCUUUAGUGACGGGCCGCGGUCGUGUCUGGGGCGGCGGAUUGCCAUGGUGGAGAUGGGGGCGGUGCUGGCGGUGAUUUUUCAGAAGUACAGCAUUGAGCUGGCGGUGGAUGAGUGGGCGAGCGACGAGGAGGUGGAGGCCAUGGGUGCGGAGCAGAGGAGGGCGGUGUAUGGGAGGGCGCAGGAGAAGUGUAAGGAUACGCUGAAGCAGGCCAUCUCGGUGUUGACGUUGAAGUUGCAUGGGGGGAGGCAUGUGCCGGUGAGAUCCGAGGGCUUACGAAAGCCGGAACUGGAGCUCGUCAUCGACGAGUACCUUUCCGAUCACGCCUCCAAGUUCCAACUGGAUCCCCGGUUCCAGGACUACUUCAAGAGCCGUGCUCGUGCCGGCGGCUCGCCCAUCAAGAAGGAGACCUUUGCCGCCUCUGACAUGAAGGUGUCGCGGAGGAGGGCACCCAAGCCAACCGAGGAGAUCGUUGCUGCCGAAGACGAAGAAGAAGAUGAAGAGGAGGAGGAGGAAGAAGAAGAGGAGGAGGAAAAAGAAGAGGUCGACGACGAAGAGGAGAGCAACACCCUCACCGCCCAAGCCGCCCAGGCCGCACAAGACGCCUCCACCGCCGUGGUGCGCACCCCGUCCCGGGCGCUCGCGAUGGCCGCGCGCCUGCAGCUUCCCGCGACGCCGGCGGACGUGGCGCAGGCGGUGGACCGCAGCACGGUGGCCGUGCGGGCGCGCGUGGCGUCGCUGUACCACGAGUCCGGCACGACCGAGGCCAUCGAGACGACGCGCGAGUGGCUGUCGACGGUGCACUCGGUCGUGUCGGCCAUCGCGCUGUUCGAGCUGUACCGCCUGCGCCAGGAAGUGCUCCCGGACCGCUACGCCUUCACCCUCCCCGCCGUGGCCCUCCUCGGCACCCCGGACUACCCCGUCCACCUGCCCGACAUGUUCGCCCUCGUCACCGCCGGCUUCUGGGUCCCCGCCCUCACCUGGGCCGUCACCAGCGUCGUGCUGCCCAGCCUCGGCGGCUACUUCUUCAACCUCAGCGGCGCCGCCGCCCACCAGCAGCCUUCUUCUGGCCGCGGGCGGCGCUCGUCCGGCGGCGGCGGCCACCAAGUCGAGUACACCGUCGACCCGGUCAUGUUCAGCAUUGUCAAGGCCAUCGUCACCUAUGUGGUCUAUGCGCAGGGCGUCACGUUCGGCGUCAUCAACCCUGACGCGGUCGCCCGCAUCAACUCGGCGCUGUACUCGGGCUGGAGGGGCGUGCUGGUCGGGACGGCCGUGUCGGGAUUGACGGCUGUGUACGAUGCCGUGUUGAGGAAGUAA